GACACAGAGAACUCCAUUGAGCAACAGCACUCCACUACAUCGUAAGCAAGUUUAGUGUUUUUGUUUCCAGAAAACUGUCGUCAAAGGUUGUAAGAAGACUGUUCUUUGACUACUUUUCUUGCGUUCUGCGCCGUGAAUGUGACAUUGUCAAGUAGAGGUGGUGGUGGUGUUGCGGUGGGUGGAGAUUGGUGGUGCCGUGUAUUUCUUAGAGAGAACCUUUUGGCCCAUAAUGCAGCUCUUGGGGUUACAUGUUGUGGUGCUCUUGAAGUGUUUUUUAGUAGUUUUUGGACAGCAAUAUCAUACUCACCAUGAUGUGGCUGACUUACACUGGAAACCGGCCACUGCCACCUGGUACGGCAGUCCUGACGGUGAUGGUAGUAACGGAGGGGCGUGUGGGUACGGGUCAUUAGUGGAUGUGAAGCCAUUGAGAGCCAGAGUUGGUGCAGUGAGCCCCAUACUCUUCAAGAAUGGAGAAGGAUGUGGGGCAUGUUACAAAGUUAGGUGCCUAGACAAGAGCAUAUGCUCAGAAAGGGCAGUGACCAUAAUUGUUACAGAUGAGUGUCCAGGUGGGUAUUGUUCAAAUGGUAACACCCACUUUGACCUCAGUGGUGCAGCCUUUGGUCAUAUGGCUAUUUCUGGUGAGAAUGGUCAGCUCAGGAACCGAGGUGAAAUCCCAGUCAUAUAUCGCAGGACCCCAUGCAAGUACCCUGGGAAGAACAUUGCCUUCCAUGUCAAUGAAGGUUCAACAGAUUAUUGGCUAUCCCUUCUAGUGGAAUUUGAAGAUGGCGAUGGUGAUGUUGGAUCCAUGCAUAUCAGAGAAGCGGGUGGCACUGAGUGGCUAGAGAUGAAUCACCUGUGGGGUGCAAAUUGGUGUGUUAUUAGGGGACCCUUGAAAGGACCAUUAUCAGUGAAGUUAACAACACUAUCAACAGGAAGAACACUGUCUGCAAGAGAUGUGAUUCCAAGAAAUUGGGUCCCAAAAGCUACUUACACCUCUAGGCUCAAUUUCUUCCAUUAAACUGCAAAGCUUCGAGCUUCAAGCUUUUCUUGGUGUGAAUCCACGUGAGAGAAACAAGCCCAUUUUUCUGAAAGUUCCUCUUGUUCAGUUGACGCAAAAGUAGCCGUUGACUGGCCUUUUUUAUUUUUAUUUUAGAAGAGAGUAGCCGUUGGAUUGCACAAUUAAUGGCAUCCACCAGUGCUCUUUCUUUCUUUCUUUUAACUUUUAUUUGUGUCUUUUAAUAGAUUUUUUCCUACUUUUUUAGUGUGAAAGUGUUUUGAAUUUAGAUCAUCAAUGUAGCCCUCUCCAAAGGAGAGAGCGUGUAAUAUGUUUGCUAUGCUUUUGUGUAAGUUUUUAUGCCCUUUGGAUUAUUGAUGAAUUUGUACUAGAAA